AUGGCAGAACUUGACAAAGGGGCGGUUGCUCACGAUGAGAGCAAGAUCGAAGAAAUUGAGCUGGCCUCCUCGACGCAGUACUUUGACUCCCGAGAAGAAGAUCGCCUGCGAAGAAAGAUCGAUUGGGCCAUCAUGCCCACAGUCUGUAUUCUGUUCCUUGCCUGUGUCAUUGACCGAGCCAAUAUUGGCAACGCGAAAAUUGCCGGCUUCGAUAAGGAUUUGGGUAUGGUCGGCGCUGACUACAACGCGACCCUUUCGCUCUUCUAUGUCGCAUACAUCGUGUUUGAACUCCCCUCCAACAUCCUAUGCAAAAAGCUCGGCCCUGGAAGGUUCCUCCCUGCAAUCACAACUCUGUUUGGAAUCACAUCCAUUCUGAGUGGGCUAGUACAGACCAAGGCCCAAGCGAUGGGUGUUCGAUUUCUCCUUGGGUUUUUCGAAGCAGGCAUGCUCCCCGGCCUUGCCUACUAUCUUUCUCGAUGGUACCGGCGCGCCGAACUGUCCUUCCGCGUCUCUCUUUACAUUGUCAUGAGUCCCUUGGCCGGUGCAACAGGUGCUCUUCUCGCCUCUGCCAUCCUCACACUAGAUGGCUUCGGUCCUUUCCACAGCUGGCGAAUGAUUUUCGCUAUUGAAGGAAUCGCCACAACUGUCAUCGGACUAAUCAGCUUUUUCACUCUGACGGAUAGCCCAAGCAAGGCGAGGUGGUUAAGUGCCGGCCAGAAAGAGCUAGCUGAGGCCCGCCUCAAGUCUGAACGCACGGGUCAAACCAAGGUUCUUGACAAGAUGGACAAGACGAAACUCCGCCGGGGCAUCCUGAACCCCGUUACUCUCAGUGUAUCUGCGGCCAUGUUCUUUGCCAACAUCACUGCGCAAGGUUUUACCAUCUUUGCACCUACCAUUGUGCGCUCUAUCUUCAAGGACAAGUCAGUCGUUCAACAACAGCUACUGACAGCUCCACCCUACUUCCUCGCUGCUGGCUGGACCGCAGCUGCAGGCUUCCUUAGUUGGAAAUUAGACCGCAGGCAGAUCAUCAUGAUCCUUACUGGCCCUCCCACCAUUAUUGGAUACAUUAUGUUCCUCGCCACGGAUAACUACAUUGUUCGCUAUGUGGCUGUGUACAUCGUAGCUUCGCUCAUCUUUGUUUCUGGUGCUAUCCCCAAUUCCCAGAUAUCCGCCAAUGUUGUUUCGGACACUGCGCGCACCUCAGCUAUUGGAUGGAACGUGAUGAUUGGUAACACGGGCGGCCUCGUGUCGACCUGGACCUUUCUCGCAUGGGACGCUCCCAACUACCCGAUUGGCAACGGACUAAAUCUCGCAGCAAGUGUGCUUGUUCUCCUCUUUUCGGUAGGAACAAUGGUCUGGAUGAAGAAGGAUAAUGCUCGACGAGAGCAGAACCAAGAGGAGGGCGAGCUGGAAUUAAGAGGAAUGACGCAGGGUGAGAUUGAGGAUCUAGACUGGAAGCAUCCUUCUUUCCGUUGGAAAAUCUAA